AUGGAGUUCCUAAAAAAUAUGUUUCAAGAACUGCUGAAGAAGAAGGACCAACUUAUGCAAUGUUCCAAAUUAUCCGUAUUGUUAAGCGACCCCUUCACCUUCUUUUUUAUGUAUGUCAAUAAGAAGCAUGCUCUGAUUAUGUGCAUAUUUAUGUUCGUCCUCACGAGCAUAAUGACAUACCUCUACUGCUUUUGCAAGGGCUAUGAAACGAGAAGGAGUCCCAGGAUACACAAAAUGUCCAAAAAGGUUAGGUAA